CACUUGGAGUGCUGUCGGUUAGUAUCACUACCUUUACUUGUUUCACUUUACUAAUGUCAACGCCAUAACAUUAGCAGGUUUUCAACCCUCUGUAGCUCCCCGGCUAUUAAGUUAGCUCCGUGUAGCCUCCCAUGAGAGUAACCGGCUGCGACGUUUUAGCGACAGAAUGCCUCGCAGAAAGAAAAGCAGUCAGAGCCCGGCAAGAGGUCCUGGCGGGCCCGGGUCAGAAGAGGGAAGCCUCGGCUACAACACGGGCAACAUACUCCCGCGCGGUCAUGACAGGGGCACCAGGGAGCAUAUCGCUGAAAGCAUGCAGGAGAUGUUCUCACACCUGGACCCAGAAGUUAUUUACAUCGUGCUGUCCGAGUGUGACUUUAAAGUUGAAAAUGCAAUGGACUCCCUCUUGCAGCUGUCUGAGGCUGCUGAAGUUGUAGCCCCUAUUCCCUCUCCCAUCUCUGGCUUUGAUCGUACUGCUGCAGCCCUCCUCAGUGCACCACACCUCCAUAAACCAAGACCAGACCCAGACUCCUCCAGACCAUCACAGCAGCCUCCUUCUUCUCCUCCCUUGGUUAACUUGCUGACUGAUGAGCUGGACAUUCUAGUUGAUCAGGAGAUGGAGACACUUAAUGCAACGCAUGGCGUUAUGGAAGAGCACCACAGCGGCAAGUAUGUUUCUGCUGGUGUACCGCUUUCAUCUUUUCCUCCACCAUCUUUUCUACAGCAGCCUCUUCCCGAGCUUCUUCAGUCCAGCCUGACACCCAGAUCGACAGGGUUCUCGGCCGAGCAGCCAUGUGCAGAAAGAAGUGUGGAAGAGUCUGCUCCGUCUGCAGUUAACCAGCUCAGCCACGUUGGAACUGUUGAGAAGCAGAAGUUAGAGGUGGAUUUCACACAUCUGAUGACACCAAUGCCAGCAGACAAGCUAAAUCCUCCUUUGGACUUGGCAGCUUCGGGUCGUCCCUCAGCUUUCCAGGUGUAUAAAAAACAAGACCUGUCACAUAGUUUGCCAGAGACUGCAGGGGUUUUGCCCUCUGAUGUGAUAGUUGGAGGAGCGAGAUCUAAGGGGACCAUGUUUAGUCGGGAAUCACAUGGCUAUAUGUCCUGGAACCUGGAGGCACCAGCAUUUUCUCCACAUUAUCCCGGAAACCAAGGUCCUAUCUUCAUUACUCCUCGGGCUCAAACAACUUCCAACUGGCAUGCCCAAGCUAGGCAAGUUUCUCCAUGGCUGAUCCAUGCUCCUUACAGUGAAGCACCUCUUGUACCUUCAGCAACUAUUCCAAAGUCCUUGGCGCUGUCUGCUGCUCCACGGCUUCCUGCCCAUCGUUUUCAUUUGGAAGGGAAUGUGCUUGUGAUGAUACGUGGUGCUCCAGGGUCUGGCAAGUCAACUAUGGCAAGAGCCUUGUUAGAGCAUAACCCAGGUGGAAUUAUACUGAGCACUGAUGACUAUUUUACUCGCAAUGGAGAAUAUCGGUUUGACCCCACUGUUCUGGGAGAGGCCCAUGAGUGGAAUCAUAAACGAGCGAAGGACGCUUUUGAGAGAGGCAGUAAUCCCAUCAUCAUUGACAAUACCAACAUGCAGGGCUGGGAGAUGAAACCCUACGUGGCUCAGGCACUGAAACAUAGAUACAAAGUGUUGUUUCGAGAACCAGACACUUGGUGGAAGAACAAGCCCAGAGAACUGGAGAGACGUUCCUCACAUAGGGUGCCAGUGGAAACAAUUCGCCGCAUGCUUAAUGGAUAUGAGCGCUUUGUCACAGUCCAGUCUAUUAUGGGUUCACACAUGCCUGAGAGCAAACAGCGACUGCUCCUGGAGAACAAAAGCUCACAGCUGGUGUCCUCUGAAGCACCUUGCCCAGAUCUGGUAGGGGAACCUGGAUUAACUGAGGGCAGUAAAAAAUCCCGCUCUCAGCUGUGUUCCUCCCUGCCUGAUGUGUCAUCUAUUGGUCAAUUCAGUGAGGUGGGAAAGCUGGAAGAUGACACCUACAGAUCCACUGAGUCACUCAAUUUCCAACUUUCUGGAAGACCCACAGAAAAUGCUGAAAUAUCCAAUAGAGAUGAUGACCUGUAUCUUGGGGAAAUAGAUUGUGAGCUGAAUGCUCUUUUACAGAUGAAUAAUACAGUAGGAGAUGAAAGAAUCCCAGACUGUAUUGUGGAAUCGGUGAUGAAUGAAGAUCACAGAGGUGAUGAAAUACCUGUGGCUUUUUCACAAUCUAUUGGACAGAGGGUGAGGAGAGAAAGGCCCAGGAGGGUGUCUGGUUUUGACAGGAUGGAGCCUUCAGAUCUGGUGAAAGAUGCUAACCAAACGGAGAAUGAGAGAAUGGAGAGAGGUGAAACAAUUGAGAUUUUGAGAGAUGAGGAAGAAAGGGAAAUGAGUACAAUUCUGGACUUUGUAGGUGACUGGCCUUCCCAAGGAUCCCUUGAUCAGCGACAAAUAAGAAGAGAAAGGCACAAAGAAAGAAAUGCGAAGGAAAAUGACUGUGUGUCUCAAGAAGUAAAUGAACAUGAAAAGAAAAUGCAGUCUGGACCUGAUUUAUCAGAGUUUCAGAAGGCUCUUGAUAUAAUUCAGACAGGUGUAAGUGCAGUUGAGUCCAGCUCUACCCAUUCUUCUCCCCUCUCUUUGAAAUCUGAAGAGGAAAAAGAAGUGGAGGCAUGUGGCAGGACAGAGGACUCUGGGAGUGAAGAAAGAGAGCAAGACGUGAGUUGCGUUAAUAACAGCAGAGGUGAAUUGCCUGACUGUGUGUUAGACUGGAAGCUAGCUGACUCUUGUAGAGUCAGUGAGUCAAGAAUUGAUUAUGGAGAUGAAGAGGAACUAAAAAUGAAAAAGGAAGCAAGUAGUACACCAGAGGGGAAUGGCUAUGUGCCAGACAAUGGCAGAGAAACCAGCAGUAGUACAAAUGCUAUCUCAGCUGAGUCACUUGUUACCUUGACAACUCCAGAGAUAAGUAAAUACCAUGAUGCAGUAACAAGCCACAAUGAUGAAGGUGGUGUUUUUUCAGGUCCUGCUGAUUUAGACACUGAUAACUGUACGCCGGAUUGGAGAGAGACUGGAAUCAAGGGUGAUGGCAGCCAUAUUAGUGAGGUGUGUCAGAGUCUGAUAAGUGAAGGUUCUUUGGAAGCAGAAGGCACUGGCAGUACUGCCAGUGGAGCCUCUCAGGAGAGAAAGCAGCAGCGUCGUCGAUCAGGCAAGCAGUGCAAACUCGCCCUCACCUUCACUCAAAAUUGUCUUGGUGCUUCAUUGAAUACUAAUGAAUCCCACAAUACCACAGCUCACAACAUGGACAGUAGUCUGGAUAGCAUAAACAUAGACAUCACACCCAGCCUUAGUCCCAACUGUAACACCAGCCUAAACCUCAAACCAGACUUUGAGAUGUUCACCGAGUCCAAAUCUGACACACAGGUGCAACCUCCUUCACCCCCUCUUCCUCUAGAAGACGUAGGCUGCUUCACCCAGACAGAACCGCAAGACUUUGCCGUUCUUUGGCGUCUCAAUCGUCGAGAUAGCUGUGAUGAGAACAACCUUGGUGCACACAGCCAAUCCAGUGACUUCACUGUCCUGUAUAGCGACUCCUUUCGCUUUGUGCCGGCGCAGACCUCUGCAGAUUUUGCAGCAGUUGCAGUUCACCCCUUUAGCCACAAAGAAAUACUCUAUCGAGUGGCGCACGAGAAAGGCACACAAGUGGAGGAGAAGGAGCUUGGAGGAACUCACGACCGACUUGAAAGCUUAUGCAUUCUCAGCCGUCACUUUAAACUAGUUAGUUUUGAUACAUUAGAAGAUCUGUAUGACAAAUGCCAUCAGGACCUAGAAUGGACCACCAACCUGCUGCUGGACUCUGGGGAGCGGUUCUUUAAAGAUGAGGAUGGUGAGGAGGAGAGGGAGGAGCAGGAGGAUGAUGAUGGUGCUCAAAAUGAAGAUGACCAGGGCACAUCUGAUCUAUGUGGUGUUUUAGGAGAUGUAGAAACGAGCACAUAUCCUAAUGUGUCAAAUGAGUGCCACUCUAAAUACUUGGCAGAAGGAAGGCCAGCUGGAUUGGAAGAGGAAACUGAGCGGUCACCUUCUGCGGCACUUAGUGAGCCAAACGAGAGCUCCAAUCAUGUGGACUUACCAACUUAUGAAGAUGAAGCUGCUCCAGGUAGAAAAGGAAAUGAUCCUGAUACAACAUCAUGCUCUGAAACGGAUCUGCAGAAAGACACAAGAGAAAGUGAUGACACUGAACACAAAGUGAUAUCUGCACCUGACUCAGAAGGCGGAGCUUGUGGCUGGAGCGAAGAUGAUGAUAUGAACAGUGAAUAUUUCAGGGAUGAGAUUGCCAGCCUGGCUGAGGUUCAAAGUGUGGAGCUGAAACUUCCCACGGAGCUGGCAAUACAGCUAACUGAACUUUUUGGUCCUGUGGGAGUAGACCCAGCUUCAUGCUCCACUGACGACUAUGCAGUGCAGAUGGACCUGAACCUGGCUAAACUGCUCCACGAGAAGUGGAAGGAAACAAUUCAGGAAAGGCAUACCCAAGCAACACUUCCGUUCCACUUGCUUCAGGAAAGUCCAGACCACAGGGGUGAAUCACAGGUGGCCAAGCGAGGUUCACGAGAACAAUGCAGUCAGUUGCCAUUCAUGGACCACUGGAAUGCUUCCCCUCAGCGUGUGUCUCUAAGAGAUAUUAUAAAAGAGGAGCAGGCUUUACAGAAGAAUGUGGAGAGGACCAGACAAAGCAGUGCAGACCUCAAUCUGCGAGAUGGAUCUGCCAAGUUGAAAGAGAACAAACUGUUCUCCCUCUUUCCCAACAUUGACAGACAUUUCCUUCAGGACAUCUUUAGAGACCACAAUUACAACCUGACCCAGACUGAGCUGUUCCUUCGCUCUCUAUUGGAUGAACAACCUGUCAAGACAGUCGUCGCCCCGGAGGCUCCUCGGUCUGAUCACCACAGAGCAGCAAGCAAGGAGAGGGAAAAGAAGCAAAAACCUCCAGAGCGACCCCCUCCUAACUAUCAGGAUGUAGAGGACCCAGAAUAUGAUGACUUCAGGGCUGAGGCCUGCCUGCAGAGGAAGAGGCAGCUCGAGAACUUUGCCAAGGCUGCUGAGGCCUACAAACAAGGACGCAAAGAAGUGGCUUCAUUUUACGCACAGCAGGGACACUUACAUGGUCAGCAGAUGCGUGAUGCCAAUCACCGUGCAGCGGUUCAGAUCUUUGAGAGGGUUAACUCGUCACUGCUGCCCCAGAACAUUCUGGACCUCCAUGGGCUUCAUGUAGAUGAGGCUCUGCAGCACCUGGAUCAGGUCUUGGAGGAGAAAGUUACAGAUUGUGAGCAGGGUCUGUGUCGACCUCAGCUCUCUGUCAUCACAGGAAGAGGGAACCACAGCCAGGGGGGCGUGGCCCGCAUCCGCCCCGCCGUUAUAGACUACCUCACUAACAAACACUACAGGUUCACUGAGCCGAAGCCAGGCCUCGUGUUGGUCUCUUUGAAGUGAAAAGAGUCUGGUUUACUGGAUCCAAACUAAAGCUGCUAUGACGAACAACACUAUGUCUCUUAAACUCAUCCACAUUUACAGUAAUUAUGAUAUACAGUGAACGGUGUGUUACACUUGUUUCUUAGGUAGUCAGGUAUGAUACUUUUUUAUACUCAUCUCUCUUCUUAGACAUCCACAUAAAUUCCAGAAAUAUAAUCUUAAUUGUGAAUAUUGUGAAAUUGUUUUUAAUUGAACAUAGUUUUUCAUUUGUGUUCAUGAAACAGAGCUGCAUUGUUGUUAAACACAGCCAGGGUAUUUUUAUGCGUCUGCUAGAAUGUAUGUACAGUAUAUUUUAUAUUCAAAAUGAUUUAUACUGUGGUGUAAUUACAUUUAAAAGAUCCCUGCAUUUAGAUUGGUCCAUGUUGUUGUUCUUGAGAAUUCUAAACAGUUUGAUCUUUUUUGAAACACUUUUAGCAUUGCUUUAGGGAUUUUUCCAUCAUUGCAAAAUGUUUCACAUGAUCAAUUAAUUAACAUUAGUCACUCAUGCAAUUGUCAUAUUUUAGCCCAGUGCCAAAGGCCAAGAUAAACUGCUUAUACUGUACAUUUGUAUUUAAACUCAGGUAAUUUUAUUCCCAGCCUAUACUGGAUGCUUAAAACUCACCUUUGUCUUCCUCCCUGUGAUGCUUUUAUCAGUGGUACAACAGUAGUGUUGGCAGAUGUUAUUGGUUGUAUAUGACUUGUAAAGAGAAGAUUGUAUUUUUUUUAUAAGUAUUGUUAUUAUUCAUUUGUUCAAAUGGUUUUACUGAGAAAGCUAUGUUGUUGAAUAAAACGAUUUAUUUACUGUUUA